UCUGGCUGCCGAUUGAAUUUUUAACGUCAACGGUCAGAGAACAACACACGAGAGGUUAGGUUCACCGUUUGAUGCAUUCUCCGAGUUUCAGUGCUCCAGAAAAUAAACUUUCCGUAAGCCCAAAUUGAAAAUAUCUUAAAUGCAAAAAAAUGCAAAGCUGUUGCAUCACGGGUUGUGAUAGUUAUAAAGAAACUAAUAACAAGCGUAUCGGAUACUUUAAAUUUCCUUUGGAAAACACAUCAUUACUCAACAGAUGGCUGCUGCAAAUUAACAAUACAGGAUUCAAGCCAUCAGAAAUCAGUCAGAUAUGUAGCGAACACUUCCAUAGGAAAUAUAUUGCCUGGCACCUGAACAAGAAAAAUCCUUAUUUGUUGCCUAAUGCUGUACCUACGAUAUUUCCCUGUGAGAGAAAAAUGCCUGUUAACAAAGGAAUUAGGCGUCGAGUAAAGAAGCAGAGUCAAAACACAGUACACGUGAAAUCUGGUACUACGUUAGUACAGAUAAAUAGAACACAAAUACCCGAAGAAAUAAUUCAUGAAAGUGAACCACACAGAAGUAAAGUAACAUUACUAAAACGAAAACCUGCAGUGCCUGUAGCACUAGUACAUGCAAAACACGGUGAAUCAAAUGAGACUGAAGUGAAAUUUGGAAUAGAUUCCAAGUUAAGAAAGAUUUUAUCAAAACCAAAUGAAAAAGUUUCCACCAAUGAUUUAAGCAGUGAGAAACCUUUACUUAAAAUCACUGUAUAUAAAAAUCUUGCCGAUGUUCAAGUCACUUCAAACGCGACGCAGUUUGAAACUAUUUAUUUACCAGCUCAUAGAGAAAAUGAAGACAAUUCUAAUACUGUCACAUUUGGAAAGAAAUUGUGGAUUUCAAAACAAUCGGAUGAAGAUGUUGACCAAAAGAACUUUAGAGUCAGUAAAAAAUCCCCUAGAAAGUCUAUGAUAUCCAGUAAUCCCAAUAAAAGUUCCAUACCAAAAGUAAAACAGUACACUAAUAAAGAGUCAAAAGUAAAAGACACUUCUUGUGUGCCAACUCUAGUGAAAUCAAAGGGGAAAAUCACAUCUCAAGAUCAGACGUACAGUCACUCAACUGCCAGCAGAGUUCAAUCUCCAAAUACUGAAGACCAGCAAGAUUCUGACCAACUUCGAAAACGACUUGAGGAAUUGAAGGCGAGACGACAGCGAGAACAGUCAAAAAUCAUGAGGUUACAGCUGCAUCUGACAGAACUAGAGGAGAAGAUGGAAGAAAGUAGUCACGAAAAAGUUGUACUGCCAAAUUCGAGAGUAGGGAGUAAGCAGACUGGGCCUAAAUCGACCUGGUUAAUACGUGAGAAGGAGGAAUAUGAAAAAUUGUUGAAAGACGUCAGAGAGAUGAAACUCAAAGUGUUAAGGCAGAGACACAUGCGAGAAUUGGAAAAAGUCAGGAAGUUGCAGAUACAAAUGGCUAACUUGAGUAAAAAGAUGAAGGAGAAUGAUGAAAGGGAAAUUGCGGCGAUAUCUAAUUUGCGACGGACAAACAAUCCAACUGCACUCGACUGGAUGAAACGAGAGGAGGACGAGUAUGAAAAAUUACUCCAAGAUGUGAGAAAAAUUAAGCAAAGUUACAUGAUGCGCCACUCAAAACAAAUUUCCACUAAACCAAAUUCGCCCAAUAUUGCUCCUUUAGGAACAGCUUCGAGCGACGAAGAGUGCAUAUUGAUUGAAACAAUUCCAGAAACAAUUGAAUUAAUAGAAGAAAUUGAAGUAACAGAAAAAAAGAAAGAUGAAAGCAGGCUGACGCACAGGAUUGAAGAGGACAGUAUCCAGACGAAAACUGAUGGUUACAGUCAAACUCGAGAAAAUACCGGAGAUUGUGGUGAAAUCAUUGGAGAAAUUGAUGAAGAAUGGAUUGAAAUAAGUGAUUGCAAAAACAUACCGAUCUUAAAUUUCAAUGAAGAGCUCCCAGAUCCGGGACUUCUUGAUACAUAAACAUUUCGAGGUCGAUACAUUUUCGAUUAAAUGAUUGUAAAUACAUUUUGAUGUUGCAAUAUAUGUAUGUUUAAAGAUGGUUGUAAACUUUGUAUCAAAAGUGUCGUAUGCUUUGUUUUGGACACAUUGAAGUGGCAGAUAUUUCUGAGAAAAGUAUUCUGUAACAUAAAAGAAGUUCGUAAAAAAGUACACAAGGUACAGCAGAAUCGGAGAUGAGUUAAC